GGUGAAACUUGAAACUAAUAUUUCUGUGGGGGAAAAUAUCUGUUUUUAAUAUCAUCUCUCAAAUUUGAUGAGGAUUAUCUCGACACGCCCCACCCAUAAUGUAGCAGUGUGUUCAUUGAUACCGAAGAGGUUCGAUAUCGUGUGCCUCCAGUUCUAGUCUGAAACAUACAGCGGUAUACACAGUUCAUCGCAGAAGCAGAAGACAUCUCGUUCAUCAAACGGAAACCGGAUAGAAUUGGAAUUUUCUACCCAGACUUCAACAAAGGCAUUGAAUUAUCGACCAACAGUAGGAAAAUACAAAUUUAUGAAAGAAAUCCCGCAUGAUUUUGCUUGCUUCCAGCUACAUCGCGUAGUCUGAUAGGCGGAGCAAAUUUCCGACUCUUUAACAAAGCGGGUAUAUGCAGGCUUGUUCAAUAAAUCACGGAGAGUAGCCUAAAUGGAUGUGCAGUUUCAAAACAUACGUUACUAGUUAAUGCUUGGAUAGAGCGCAUAACCAAUAUUGUUGAAAGAAGAGCUAAUAUUUAUCUGCUCAAUCUUACAGGGCCUACAGUGUCCCGCCAUAAAAAUCGUGAAUGAAAAAAGCGUGUACAACAUCGCGGGCGAGCCAUUAUUUUUUAAAGCCAUUGUGAUGUGAUGGGACUCGAUGAUUUUAUUUGUUCCGUAUGGACCAUAUUUACUGUGGGAUAUUUAGUUGAAAUCGGAAAUUGUGCGUCAAACAAGUGUAACACUAGCACCGAUCAGCAAUGCACCGAUCAAGAAUACCGGAAGUACAUAUAUUCAAAUCCAGAGGCAUUGUGGGACAUAUUUCCCUGUCCGCCUCCAUGGAAACCAGAGUUGAUACUAGAGUUGCCAUGGAAAGAGAAACUAGGCGAUGAAGAUGGAGACAGACUGUGUAAGAGAGUGGCCAGGCGGUGUGGCCUCGAUCUAGUCAAACUGCAAGCCAUGGCACUGCAGGAUGCACUCAUUUUUAGUGACUGUGAUUUGAAAUGCUUCAUUGGUCUUCUGCUGGGAUUCUUGACACUGUGUCUCUGUGUAGUUAUUGUUGUGAUUUUCUUCAGAAGAAGAAAAAAGAAAUUUUCCAAAGUCCCAGAUCAUAAAAAUGAAACUCAGGUUAUUUUAACAUCCAAUGGAGUUCAAACAAAAUUGAUGAACGGCGAAAGUAGUUCUGGAGAAAACAGUUCCCCUGAAAAGAGAGGAAAGUAUGGUAUAGAUUUUGCUCGUUUCUGUCGGAGUGCCAAUGUUUAUGAAUCUGAUGAAGUGAAGCGCCAUCGGAGCGACAUUUCGGAAAAUGCGUUUCUGAGUGCUGGAGACAUGUCAUACACGUAUGAUUCGGUUAAUACCAGUGAACAGAGCUUCUCUAAUAACAUGUCGAAUUCAUUUGAAAACCAUCGUUUUAAUGAGGAAAUGAUUUCAGAACUGAGGGAGAAAUAUGGAUUCAGAAAUUCCGAGUCAGCUUCUGUACAUGAACCUCGUAGCGUAAACACCCCGGUGUCCAAUCUACUGUACGACAUGCGAAGUCCCAACCCCACUGUUAGCAAUGCUCUUUAUCAAGCUAGACGUCAAUGUGAGGCCAGUUCUAUCCAGUCAACCAAUCAAAUUCCGCUUAAUUGUCCGUGCAAUAUUUGCUGCCAAUCAAAUUCUUCAAUUCCGUACAGAGGACAGGUGAUUAAUUUAAAACAAAAUUAUAGUGUUCAGCGUCAAGAUUAUCCCGUAUCUUGUAAGUGUUACCCAAGAGGAUAUCCAGACGAACACAAAUGGAGAAGAAAUAAUGUCAUUGAAAAAUUUCCUUACGCAGAUGACGUAAUCAAUUCAAGUGUUCAGAAUCAUUCCUUUUAUGACAGAGAGCAAGGGGCUUCAGACUUUCGAAUAAAUAGUGCUUGUAGUUGUAAACAAUGUGUUGAACAAAGGCUUUCUAUAUCCGAAGAGGACUAUUCAACUUAUUCAACAGGAAGUGACGUAUAUGGUGUGCCAAAUACUGAUCUGAAUUAUCCCAGGGAAAUCCAGUGUAACUGCCGACAGUGUACAAAAAUGAUUCCGAUUGCCGCUUACACAAAACGGUUUUCUCAGACGGAGGAAUAUACACAAAGGGAUAAUGUCGACAUGCAGUUUAUGUCGGCAGGUGACAUCAUUGAUAGCGAUGGACCAGAACACAGAAAGCGCAGGCGCAGUAAACAAAGACCACCCAUAUCGUCAACGGCUUCUUCAUCCGAUAACACCGGAAGUGAGAAAUCUUUUAGAAGUGGUAAAAUGAAGACAAACGGUUCCCUCUUUAAUUCAAAAUUAAUCAGCAGAUAGCGUCGGCGCUCUAUUGCAUCACUUUGAAUAAAAUCAAGGUGCAAUGCAUCUCGUAAGAAUUUCCAGAACAAGAAAAGUGCUUAAUGGAAGCUUUUGAUGUAAAACCCCUUGUUCCCAGUGUGUUCGCCUUUCUGCAUUGAUACAAUGUGCUACUUCAUGACGGUGCAAUAUAAAUUAAUUUUUUUAUGGUAGUACAUGUACGCAAUUUUAAAUUGAUUUGGCUUUCGUUGCAUUCCAGCUGAAAGCGAUAAUGUCACAAAAUAAAUGAAAAAACAUGCCAA